AUGGUCACCAAACCCUACGAGAAGAAGCGACUCUACAUUCAGCACCCAGAGGAGGAUUAUGCCGUUGUCAGUCAUCGCACAACGCGCAUUGUUCCACCUCCGCGAAGAACACCUUCACCUCCUCCUCCGCCGCCUGUUGUUAUCAGGCCUCCGCUGCCACCACCACCUCCUCCACAGUUUUGCCCGCCUCCGCCUCCGCCCGUUUUCGAGCCACCACCACCAACACCUUGUCCUCCUCCUCCACCUCCGGUUGAGAAGCCCAAGCCCAAGCCGCCACCACCUCCGCCCGUUGUUGAGCCACCAAGACCUUGCUCUCCGCCUCCCGAGGAGCCUAUCGAGGUCAUCGCUGUCGAUGUUGAACCGCAUCACAAGAAAAAGAAGAAGCCCAAGUCUCGCUCUCGAAGCAGCCACAGCCACCGUUCUUCGUACGAUCACGACAGGGAGCGUGUGAUUGAGCGUGAGAGAUUUGUGCCAGUUCCGGUGCCCGUUCAAGUUGAGCCUCGCUACGAGACUUUCCGUUACGUCGAAGGAACUCGACGCCAGCAGUAUUCACCUCCAUCACCACCUAGACGGAUGAUCGAGGAUGAGCAUAUGCGACUCCGAAUCACGGAUCGUGAGCGCGAGUACUAUCGAUGA